GGCCGAGGGCUUUAUUCACACACUUACACACUCACACACACUCACACCCCUAUUCCAGACCACUACUUACAAACACUCUCAGUCUCUCUCUCUCUCACACACACACACACACACAGCAUCUGAAAGCCAUGAAUGAGCUGAAGAGCAAAUCGUUUUGGAGAGCCGUGCUAGGCGAGCUGGUGGGGAUGACGCUCUUUAUCUUCCUCAGCGUCGCCGCUGCCGUCGGAAACGAACACAACUCCCAGCCGGAUCAGGAGGUGAAGGUGUCGCUGGCGUUCGGGCUGGCCAUCGCCACGCUGGCUCAGAGUCUGGGCCACAUCAGCGGCGCGCACCUGAACCCGGCCGUCACCCUCGGCAUGCUGGUCAGCUGUCAGAUCAGCGUCGUCCGCGCCGUGUUCUACAUCCUGGCCCAAAUGCUGGGCGCCUCAGUGGCGAGCGGCAUCGUGUACGGCGUCCGGCCCGUCAACAACACCAGGCUCGGGGUCAACGCGCUGAAUGAAAUCUCUCCAGUGCAGGGAAUCGGUGUGGAGAUGUUGGCGACGCUCCAGCUCGUGCUGUGUGUGUUAGCCGCUACGGAUAAACGUCGGCGUGACGUCGCAGGUUCGGUUCCUCUCGCCAUCGGCCUGUCCGUGGCUCUGGGUCACCUCGCCGCCAUCAGCUUCACAGGAUGUGGCAUUAACCCGGCUCGCUCCUUCGGCCCUGCGCUCAUCACUCACGACUUCACCGACCACUGGGUUUACUGGGUGGGUCCGAUGUGUGGAGGCGUGGCUGCGGCACUCAUCUACGACUUCCUGCUUUACCCGAAGACGGACGAUUUUCCCGACCGCAUGCGAAUCCUGGUGUCUGGACCUCCGACUGAUUACGACGUCAACGGACGAGACGACGUGCCGACCGUAGAGAUGUCGUCGAAGUGACGAUGAAAAGCGGUGAUGAUGUAGCGAGUUUUUAUUGUUCCAUCCAUUGAACCUGCAGUAGAAACUCGAAAACAGUUCCCAAGUCCAGAAGUAGAAGAUACACGUCUUCAAAGCGUUUUCAGAGCGUCCUUAUCGACUUUCCCUUCUUCUCUGGUUGAAACCCUGACACUGAUUUGAGUUUUAAUCAAUGAUGAUUCGAGUCAACAUCAUAUUUUAGACUUUCCCAUAAUGCAUUCCUGCGAUCAGAUGGAAUUUUCUUUCCAAAUUGGUGAAAACAAAAACGUGAGCAGAUUAGUUAGCAAGUCAGCGAACUAGCAUUCGAACCAACAAGCCAAUAAAGCAAUGGAGUUCAAAUCUCUGUUCUGGUCUUCAGACUUGAAAUAAAGUCGAUAAGGCUGUGUUUAAAACCGUAUCAGAACAUCAAGUUCUGUUUUUUUCGACUCACUACUGCUAAACAAUCCUGAGUUCCCGAGUGUAUCAUACUCUAAAUGCCUUAAAUUUUACCUGUAAAUAGCUCUUCUUUUUUUGUUACAAAAAUUUAGUUACUUUUCCUACAAAAAAAACACACUGUUUGUUUGUUGCAGCAAAAUUUAGUUUCAUGUUUCGUAGUUUAGUUUUAGUUUUCCUUCUUUUCCAAUUCCUGCUUUUUGUAUGUGCCUGAAUUUUUUAAAAAAGGAAUUUUAAGUGCUUUUUUUUUUCGAAAAGUGGAAACAUUAUUUUACUCACUAGUCUUUCAUUUUUUGUAAACAGUAUUUUUUUUCUAUGUAAAUGAUUGUAUUGUUUUACAUUUUGUACUUGAAUAACACGAGCACUAUGAUUUUCCUUUCCUUCACUUUUUGUAAGUAAAUAAAUAAAAUGGCCAAAAGUUACAAA